GCCACGGCGGACUUCUUUAGUUCGAUCUGUGCCGACCAAGGGAACGGUGCAAAUUAACGUGCAAAGUAACGUGUCUAUCCUGCAAGCGUCCGAAAGCGAUUGCCAAAACUUUCAGGUGUUUUUAUGUUCCUUAGUAGUUUGCACUUUCACGGUCGCGCGUAAAACGCGUAAAAAACGCGUAAAAAUCGGCCAUGGCGGCGAAGGUCGACGAGCGCGAUCACGCGAUCACGAAGCAGGAGAGUCAAGCGCACGAGAAGGAUUGUUCCUCCGGGACGAAAGUGAAGCGCAAGUCCCGGUCCGCCCGAAGGCGGCUGAACGCGAUGAUGAGCAACGCGUCCUUGCACUUCUCCGACACGGAUUCCGAGGGCGAGCUGACCAUCAUCACCUCUAAGAUCGGCAAGCUCAACCCGACGCUGCCGUUGAACGACCAACCUAGUCCGCUGAUCUCCGUGGUCAACACGGAGGACGGCGUGCUCGGCGAGGCCAGGGUCAACGACAACGUGGACUACCUCAUAGCCGACGGCGAGAUCAGGUCGCAGCGCAGUAACUUCGCGGACAACCUCACAGACGUCGACGAGAUCUACAGCGACGCGGAGACCGAGGACAAGGACGACAAGAACAAGCUGAAUGUCGCCGAGAACAGCUACCAAGGCGAGACCGACCUGGAGGACAUAGAAGCCGACGAGGACAUCCAACCGAUCAUCUACGUGGCGCUACGAGAGAACAUCCUAAACGAAUUCAAUGGAGAAAUGAUCACGACCAAGGAGGGCGACGGCCCGUUCUCCGUGGAGGUGCGAAACCGACUGUCGCGCGAGGAGGUAUCCAUCGACCAGGGCACCGAGGACAUGCCAGACAUGCCGAACACCGACAGCGAGGACGUGGAGACGUCUGAAGAUGAGAAGCUGGACGAGGCCGCGAGUCCCGAAAUCGUCUACGAAGAUUUUGACAUCCUGGCUGCUUCGCAGAUCGUCAUGACCAAUAAGGUGGAGAACAACCUGCUGAUGUCGGACAACAUCGACGAGGCUAUCAGCGAUUGCCAUACCGACAUUGAAGACGUCGAUUAGAUCUAUCAGAGAAUUGCAUGGAGAUGAAGACGAGGUCAAUCCUCCGGUUGUAGAUAACAAGGACUAACGUUCGAGCACGAGCGGAAUGUUCUCAACGCGAAUGACUGAGCGGGUGUCCUUAAAAAUUAUCGACCGGUUGUGAUCGGAUAAACCUCGUACCGAGGGUGUCUAAUAGGAUCUGGCGUUUACGAUUGCUGCGGUGAGAGACAGCGUUGCAUAACCGGAGAGUCUCAUGUGGAUGUAAGAAACCAUGAUUCGAUUAGAGAGGGUCUCGACUUGAGGAUCAAUAGGAUCUCGAAACCUUCCUCGUCAGCCUCGUCAAGCAACACUGGACAACUAUCGAGACCUUCGGGGAUGAUGAAGGAAGUGCGUCGAGUUGAAGUUCCUGAGUAGACAUAUGACGAACAUUAGUGUUUCCUUCGGACCGAAGAAACAUAUCGACAAGACACGGCACGAUGAGACGAAAAUCGCGCGUUCUUGACUUGGUCUUUCAUUUUCUUUCGUUACUCUUUACCCUAUCCCACGAGAGUUGUCCACGAGAAAUAAUCUCUCCAUCCUUUCCUCGGGCAGAAUAUUUAUUUCAAGAGGUCGCGAGGAAAUUUACGACGGUAAGCAGCAUGUGUCAAUGGAGAAUCUAUUUCCGUCACGCCCGAGCGGGCGUUCGAUGUCCUUGAGAUAAAUAUUUAUCGAGUGAAAAUGGCAGAUGUUAUUUUCCGAGUAACCGCCGUGUAUGUGUACCUAGUGUGAAGUUUGUCGCGGACUCUUUCAUUUUCCUUUUUGCACCGUGCCUCUAAAAGAAAACCAAAAAAAUUUAUUUAUAAAUAAUAUUUAUAAAUAACCUCCUGUGGAAGUGGGGGAACAUGACGAUCUGAACAAAACGAAAUACCAUUCGAUCGAUUAUGAGGAAGAAAAAAAUCACAAUUACCAAAAACACUCCUCUCUGAAACGGAGAGUUCGUCACUUGUAAAAAGAAGUCCGCUUAUAACGAUGUAACGAAUAUAUUAUAACGCCAGACACGCACCUUUCUUUCAAUUGGCCGAACAAUACGCGACACGAUCCGUCGACACAUGUUUAUCUCGACGAAUUAACUCUUAUGUCUUUGUUGUAAAACCGAUAAUAACGCAAUAUUUGUGUACUUGUUAUAAUUGCAGACCGAACUGCCGUCCUCAACAUUAUCAUAGACAACCGUAUGGGAUAUUAAUGCAAAAGAGUAUGUCUCUGCAGUCUAGAGAUUUUUUCCGUUAUAAACUGAUACAUAUAUACAUAUACAUAAAUAUAUAUAAUCAUAUUACAUAUAAUUAUAUAUAAAAUAAUAUGUGUAAAUACGUAUAUAGAGAUAAUUACUAAUGCAGCAACUUGACAAGUUCUCUUCUCGUUUCUUGGCAGUGGCAUUGCUUUUAGAGUCAAGCCGUUAUGCGUGCUGCAAAAAGGUGCAAUAGAAAAUGAUUAUAAUAAAGGAAGGCUCUAACACACACAGUUCUACGCAAGUUUCAACACUCGCUAUAUAUAUAUAUACAUACAUAUAUAUAUAUAUAUAUAUGGUAUACAUUCGUCGUAAUUGCGAAUCAUACUCUUAGCGGUUACAGCGUUACGACAGUUCUAAUUAUAUGCAGUGUUACACACAGUGAUUCUAAUUAUAUCGUGCAUACAAUAAGUUCAAAUAAUAAUAAUUUCCAUUCUCUCUCUCUCUCACACACAUACACACACACACACACAUAUAUAUAUAUAUAUAUAUAUACCAAAGAGAGAGAUAAGCUAAAAGGACAAAGGAUUUGUGCUGCGGAAGUUCUCGCUCGCCAGAUCUCGCCGUGGAUAAAUGAAAGCAAUUGUAAAUGAAAAAACAUACACACAGACAGACAAACAAAU